AUGGUGCAGACGCACGUCAGCACUGGAGGAGAGAAGGCAGGAGUGGAAGUGGGAGGUGUAGAUGGUGUCUGGUACCUUGAGCAGAUCUUGACCGCCAAGGUCUAUGACGUUGCUGUUGAAACUCCUCUACAUGACAUGCCAAGGCUUUCUGAGCGUCUGGAAGGAGGGAAUAUGAUCAUGGCGAAAAGAGAAGACAUGCAGCCUGUAUUCUCGUUCAAGCUUAGAGGAGCGUACAACAUGAUCGCGAACCUUGACCAAGCUCAGCUGGAUCGAGGAGUCAUCACAGCUUCAGCAGGUAAUCAUGCACAGGGUGUCGCAAUGAGCGCGAAGCAUCUUGGAUGCAGAGCUGUCAUCGCCAUGCCGACUGUGACUCCCGCCAUCAAGGUGAACAGUGUGAAGCGGAUGGGUGCGGAGGUAGUUCUUGUUGGAGACAACUUCGACGAGACCAAGGCGUACGCGCUCGAGCGAUCAGAGAAGGACAACAUGGUGUUCAUCCCACCGUUCGAUCAUCCUCUGGUGAUCGCUGGUCAAGGAACAAUCGGCCUGGAGAUCCUCAGACAGUGCUCGAAGCCGAUAGACGCCAUCUUCAUCCCCGUCGGAGGAGGAGGCCUCAUUGCUGGAGUGGCCGCGUAUGUGAAGCGACUCCGACCGGACAUCAAGAUUAUUGGAGUAGAGCCGACAGGAGCAGACGCUAUGUAUCGAUCUCUCAAGGAGAAGAAACAAGUUGUGCUUGACAAAGUGGACACCUUCGCGGACGGUGUUGCGGUCAAGACUGUCGGUAGUUUGACUUUCAAGCUUGCCCUCGAGCUCGUUGACGAGAUCGUGCUCGUUGAUACUGAUGAGAUUUGCGUUGCGAUCAAGGACAUCUUUGAGGAUACACGUUCAAUCACAGAGCCUUCUGGAGCUCUUGCUGUAGCCGGAGCGAAGAAAUGGCUGACAGACGGAGCCAAGAAGGGGUCCCGUGUGGUUGCCAUCACAAGUGGCGCAAACAUGAACUUUGACAAGCUUCGAUUGGUCGCCGAUCGUGCUGGUUCAGGAGAAAAGGAAGAAGCGAUGCUCGCUUCCAUCAUCCCUGAGAAGAAAGGAGAGUUCAGGAAGUUCAUCAACAUCUUGUCCAAGUCAGGCCUGAAGAGAGGAGGCAGCCAGUCGCGCUCCAUCACCGAAUUCAAGUACAGGUACAACGAGAGAUUCACUUCCCAGACCGGCAAUGCCCAAGUCUUCUAUAGUGUAGACACGGCAAACCGCAAGGAUACAGAGACUCUGGUGCAAGAGCUCAACGACUCGGGCUUGAAGACUCUCGACCUCUCCAAGAACGAGCUGGCGAAGGAACACAUCCGCUUCCUUGCUGGGGGCGGAACUCGCGCUGCUGAUGAGCGCCUGUUCAAGAUCGAGUUCCCUGAGCGUCCAGGUUCUCUGAGGAGUUUCUUGGACGUGCUGGGAGAAGAUUGGAACAUUUCUUUGUUCCACUACAGGGCAACCGGACAGUUGGUGGGGAGCGUUCUCCUCGGAGUGUCCCCGAUGGGUGAGAAGGAUGUGCAGACUUUCAAGGCUGCUAUUGCCGAACUUGGCUGGGCCUGUGUUGACACAUCGGACAAUGUUGCUUGUGCACUGUUGUAAGGGAGAAAUGUCCAAGUAAAGUGGG